CCCGCCAUCAGAUUUUGCCCGGGAAAAACUCUUACCCAGUCCCAUCAAUGAUUCAAUCACACGUCAACGCCUCCUUCCAAUCGUUUUCCUAGGGUUUUUCCUGAUCGGAAGCCUGAUUUUUUCAACCCCUUUUCUUUCUCCAAUUAGGGUUCCUGCGAAACCUAAAAUCCUGGUUUUUAUACAAUGCCGUCGCUGUGCUGGAAACACCACACUCUUAUUCAAGCCCUGAUGUCGCGUGGGCCGCUCAACGAGCAGGAUUUCCACUCCAUAUUUACCGGCGUUACCGGCAAAAACCCAGGUACUCAUCAACAGCUAUUCAAUGAUUAUCUUCUAAAGAUAAACAAGGAACUUUCCUUUGUUCAAAUGGAGUUGCGGGCUUGCAGAAACCAAUACAAUGGCAGUGUCUUCUAUGGUGUGGUGAAUAACGUGGCAGAUGAGCAGUCCAAGCUUGGAACAAGAUAUGCCGUUCCCCAGAUUGCCUUUUACAAGGGGAUUAUAGAAGCCAUUGCACAUGAUGCCCUAUCUAACGGUUGCAUAUCCAAUAUUGAUGCUCUCAACAUACGUUUGGAAAAUCAGGUUCCAACUGGAGCAGGGUCCCAAUCUCAGGCUCCUUCCCACAUUCCUCCUGCAUUCAGGAACUUCUCUAUGUCUCAGAAAGAGAAGACACUUGAAGAACUUGUUCGGGACCAGUGGCUAUGUUUCACCCCAGAUGGUAACAUCGGACUUGGUCUUAGAUCCUUCCUUGAUCUCCGCAGUUGGUUCCGCGGUAAUGAUAUUCCCGCGUGUGAAGUCUGCAAUGAAGCUGGAGUUAAGGCAGAUCCGUGCCCAAAUGAAGGUUGUACCGUUCGAAUUCAUCACUACUGUCUGAAAAGGAAAUUUUCCCGGGCAAAGGGCGAAAAAGUUUGUCCAGGUUGUAGCACUCCAUGGCCACUUCCUGCUUUCAAAACAGAAGCUGUCGAGGAAGAAGAGGCAGAUGCAAACGGGAUCACCCAGAGCCAACCGUCUCUGGGACCCGUCUCUCGAAAGAGGGCUAGAACAAACAGAGGUGGUGAUUCCGGUACUGUAAAUAUUUCGUCUCAACUUCCGGUGCCUACUUCUGAUGUGAAGAGAGCAACACGAAGUUCUGCCCGGUUAAGAUAAAUGUGUCCGAGGUGUACUCAUUUUGUUGGAAUACUAGCUAAAAUCUGGUGGUUAUUUCGCUCCCAUAAAUCUGGCGUUCAUAGUACCUUGUUAUACUAGUGGAGCCAUGCUCGAGUUCCUAGCAGAAUGCUGUUAGACUGGUUUUUGGACCAUCUUUGUUCAUGGCUGUAUAAAAUUGCUGGUAUAUCUCUCUCUCUCU